AUGUCUUCCGACUUUCCAAGUAUGCGAAUCUCAGCACAUCUGUUAACAGUCGGUACACUUCUUAUGUCGACGGCAUGGACAAUAGUGUUAACACAGACUACCGUCUCUGUCAAGGGCAAGAAAGUACAGUUUGAUAGAGACUCGCUGGCAGUACUCACGGAAACGGUCUCCAUACCUCGACUCACGUCUGUCAGCGCUUGUAUGUGGAUGAAGACUACCCACACUGGUGCUUGGACCGUGAUCUCCUACGCAGUUGCGAGGAGAGAUGAUGAGAUCCGUCUAAGCGGGCUUUCCGACGCAACGCUAAAACUGAAAAUAAAGGACAGCUCUCCUUCCGUGGUCGACCACCAGCUGAAUGACGGACAGUGGCACCAUCUAUGCAUGUCGUGGUGGAGUAUCAACGGUGAAUGGUUACUCUCGCAGGAUGGGGAAGAAAUUGGCUCCGGUUUCGAGCACAAAACCGGGCUAAGUAUCGCGCCGCAUGGGGUCUUUAUAAUAGGACAGGAGCAGGACACAAUGGGAGGGAAUUUCACAAGAUUUCAGGCGUUUGUGGGCGAAUUGACCGAUUUCAAUUUAUGGGAUUAUGGGCUGACAUUGAGUGACAUAGCGACGAAUUUAGUUGAUGGCUGUGCACAUGGCAGCUUAUUUUCCUGGGGUAGAGAUCUGUUGGCAGUGUUUAAUGCAGUGGAUAUUACAGACGAUGAAGGGAUCAGUCAAUGCGGUAAUAUUUAUUAUGAUAACCCCAUCGGUCCCCUGUUAUUGGUGGCUGACCAUCUCACCACAGCACUGCCAUCGCUAAGCGACUCCGACUCACGGGUUAUAUAUUACAAUUACUCCGGGCAAGCUCUUUAUGAUCGUGCACGGACUAGCGGUCCAAAUGUACCAUAUAAAGCAGUUCAUCGUGAAUUUCUACACAAUUCAGAGAAGAUGGUGCUGGGCUUUGACUAUAUGGACUUGAUCUUCUUCUGGAGUGAUCCGGGGCAUAAAGCAAUCUAUGUGGCGGAUUGGGUCAAUGGUCAAAGAUCGUUUGUCCACACCGGCACGUCAACCACGGUUGAAGGCAUAGCAGUAGAUUGGUUGACUAAACAUGUCUAUUGGACAGACGCCGAGUACAACUGGAUAAAAGUUGCCAACUACAAUGGAACGAAUCACCGUACUCUGAUUACGACUGGUCUUGAUAAACCAGCUGGUAUUGUCUGUGAUCCAAUCAAAGGAUAUCUUUACUGGUGUGACUGGGGCAAUGAAAACAAAAUAGAGAGGGCAACAUUAUCCGGCGAAAGCCGAACCGUAUUGGUCGGAAGUGACGUGUUGGGAACUCCGGUGGGACUGACUCUUGAUUUGCGUUACAAUAUGUUGUAUUGGUCGGACGAGCAGAAUAAAAAAAUCAUGCGUCUCAACCUAAACGAUGCCACUCCCGAUCCACAGGUGGUUGUUCACGAGCCAGACAGUUUCGGGAGAAUAUUUAGCAUGGAUAUCGAUUAUGAAUUCGGAUUUUUUGCGAAUGACCGAGAACAUGACGUAAUACAUCUAGUGCCAUUUGACACAAAUAUGGAUGUUCUCCAAAUCAGUAACAACUACGACCCCAAUGGUCUUGUUUACUUUGACGAGGCGAGACAACCAAUAGAAGACUGUAAGUCAUUAACGGUUUUCCAAUUUCAAUAA